CCCUCUCACAAAACCCUAAUAAUCGAUUUUUAAUCGCAUGUUUUUGCAUCUUUUGAUCCUUUUUUCCGCCAAUUUCCACUCAAUUUUACCCUUAUUUUCGCAGAAUCGAUCAAUCGGAACUAACUAAAACCCUCGUCGUUGAUCUCUUCUUCGACGCUUCUUAGCCCUAGGGAGAGGUGAGGUGUGCGCCAUGGCGCUUCGGCGGCUCCUUGGGAGGAGCUCGAGGAUCCCAAUCGUAUCUAGGGUUUUCGCAUCGUCCGCGGCGCCUUUCUCCGCGGCGGCGUCGCCGAGCGACACGAUCCGAGCCACCCUCUUCCCCGGCGAUGGAAUUGGGCCGGAGAUCGCCGAAUCGGUGAAGCAGGUUUUUGGUGCAGCACAAGUGCCAAUAGAAUGGGAAGAACAUUAUGUGAGCGACAAAGUUGACCCCAGAACGGAGAGCUUUUUAACAUGGGAAAGUCUUGAAUCGGUGAGGAGAAAUGGCGUGGGCCUGAAGGGCCCCAUGGCUACACCUAUCGGAAAAGGGCACAGGUCCUUGAAUCUCACAUUAAGGAAAGAGCUCGGCCUUUAUGCCAAUGUUAGACCUUGCUCUAGCCUUCCUGGUUAUCGAACUCGGUAUGAUGAUGUGAAUCUCAUCACAAUCCGUGAGAAUACCGAAGGAGAGUAUAGCGGUCUCGAACACCAAGUAGUGAGAGGUGUUGUAGAAAGUCUAAAAAUUAUUACCCGUCAGGCGAGUCUGCGAGUUGCUGAAUAUGCUUUUCACUAUGCCAAGACUAACGGCCGCGAAAGAGUGUCAGCUAUUCACAAAGCCAACAUCAUGAAGAAAACCGAUGGCCUUUUCCUCAAGUGCUGCCGUGAAGUUGCUGAGAAGUAUCCUGAAAUAACUUAUGAGGAAGUGAUCAUUGACAAUUGUUGUAUGAUGCUUGUUAAAAAUCCUGCCCUCUUCGACGUGUUAGUGAUGCCGAAUCUCUACGGUGACAUCAUUAGUGACCUCAGUGCUGGUCUUAUUGGGGGUUUGGGAUUAACCCCAAGCUGCAACAUUGGUGAAGGAGGUAUUGCCCUUGCAGAAGCUGUACAUGGUUCAGCUCCCGAUAUCGCCGGCAAGAAUCUUGCGAAUCCGACGGCCCUCCUGCUGAGCAGCGUUAUGAUGUUACGCCACCUGAAGCUGAACGACAAAGCCGAUCAAAUCCACAGCGCCAUUCUCGACACCAUCGCGGAAGGUAAGCACCUGACCGUCGAUCUCGGGGGGCGCUCUUCAACGACGGAGUUUACAGAAGCCGUGUGCGAUCAUCUCUGAGAACUUAGGCAUAUCAUCUCCGUUGGUUUGGUGACUUUGUAAGUUUAGUUCCGACAGUUAUUUUGCGCUGUGAGAUCACUUUGAUGACAGUAAAAUAAUGCUCUCGCGUAAUCAUGUUAUUUUUCUUGUUCCGCGAUUUAUGUAAAUAAACAAAAUCACCAGCAAUCAUUGACCCUCUGAUAUGCUGAUGCUAAUUUUUUUUGCAUUUCUUUUGAAGUGUUGGUGUUUAAACAAAACUCCUAAUUUUUAGCUCUCAA